AUGAUUGAGUUACCACGUAUUACUAGGGCUCUCAGAGCCCAUACGCAACUAGAUAAGCCACGAUGCCUCAAACCAAUUGUGGACCCUUUGAAACCAAUACAAAUAAAAAAGAUACACGUACAAAGAUUCAAAUCAUUCUCAGACAUAUAUAAUUAUGUAAAACAAAAUGAGCCAAAUUCUGCUGAAUUGUUAAAACUCUUUGAUGAAUUGAAAAAUGCAUCUAAACUCCUUACUGGAGAUCAGCCAGAUGACAUCAUAGAAGAUGCUGCGGUACUCACACUUAGGAUGUUCUUAGAUCAAGAUAUUGUUAUGUUAAAGAAUUUAUCUCAGCUUAGACAGACAUUUGGAACUGUUGUUGCAGCUACAGCUAAUAAGAUUUGCCAGAUAGUAACUAAAAUUUCUGAACAACUAAAUGAAGAGACAAAAGAGUACAUUAAAACAGAAGAGGUUGAAAAUAAAGAGAAUGUAAAGCUAUGGGGUGACCACAUUCAAUGUCAUUAUAUUCCAUAUAAACCUGCCAAGAAACCGCUGGCUAAGUUGACAAGUAAACCUGCAACAACUAGUAUGUUUGUUAAUGAUUUCUCUAUGAAAUAUACACAAAGUGCUCCUAAGGACAGUGCUGUAAUAAAAUCUAAGCCUGUUGUAGAAUCCAGAUUUGGGAAAGCCUGGCUAGAAACUAAAGUCAAGGAGUUAUAUGAGCACACAUCAGGUAUAUCGAGUGGGGAUAUCUUACAAUCUGUGAUAACAUUCUUGAAUUCAACCAAGACCAAUGAUGAAAUGCAAAACGAUCUCUUUGAGCUGCUUGGCUUCGACAAGUUCGAGUUUAUACAAGAGAUACUGGAACAUAGGCAGGAAAUUAUUGAUAGUUUGAAAGCUCCACCACCAGGUCCUUCAUUAUCAGAACUUGCAGCAACAUUACCUGAAAGCAAAAUGCCUCAGUACCUCUGCCAAGUAUCAGUAUUGUCUGAACACGAAAAGAUGAUUGCUAAACUGGUUAGGAAAGAAGAGAAGAAGGCCAAAAACAAAAAGAACGAUGAAGAUGCUGAUGAUGAACAUGAAAUCAAUAUCGCACAAAUGAAGGCUAAAAGAUUAGCCGAGCUAUCGAAGCCAGUGGUACCAUUUUCUACAUCAAGAUCUUCAAGUAAUGUUGACCCUAUUUUACAAAAAAUCUCAUAUUUCCAAACUAAAGUUCAGUACCCAAAUGUCUUCGAUUCAACUAUUAAUGCGAAAAAUUCAGCAGGUUUCGUGUCGGGCUUAAAAUUAAUAUUACCAGACAACGCUAUAAGAAAAGACAAUAAGGAAUAUGAAGAGGUUAUAAUACCAAAGAACGAACCAGCGCCACUUGAAGUCGGCAACCGGAGGAUACCUGUUUCACAAUUGGAUGAGAUCGGUCAAAUGGCUUUCGAGAACAUCAAAGAGUUAAACAGGAUACAGUCAGUAGUAUUCCAAACAGCCUACAACACGAACGAGAACUUACUGAUAUGCGCUCCCACUGGUGCUGGUAAAACGAAUAUAGCUCUGUUGACUGUCGUACAUCAGAUAAAACAGCACAUAGAGAACAACGUUAUCAUGAAAAAUAAAUUUAAGAUAAUCUACAUAGCGCCAAUGAAAGCUUUAGCCUCAGAAAUGACAGCAAGCUUCGGAAAACGACUAAAAGGGCUCGGCAUUUUAGUCCGCGAGUUAACUGGAGAUAUGAAACUGACUAAAACUGAAGUACAACAGACACAGAUGAUUGUUACUACACCGGAGAAAUGGGAUGUCGUUACAAGAAAGGGCGCUACUGACACUGAACUAGCAUCGAUAGUAAAACUUAUAAUCAUAGACGAAGUUCACUUAUUGCACGGCGACCGAGGACCGAUCGUAGAAGCCAUAGUCGCUAGAACAUUGCGACAAGUGGAGUCCACGCAGAACAUGAUACGGAUCGUCGGGCUGUCCGCCACCUUACCUAACUAUCUAGACGUUGCCAGAUUUUUACGUGUAAAUCCUAACAUCGGACUAUUUUUCUUCGAUCACCGAUUCCGUCCAGUCCCGCUAGAACAGCAGUUCAUUGGUGUCAAAGACAGUGGUAGUGGAGGCGGCGCUCACUUGAGACAGGUACAAACAAUGAACGAAAUAUGCUACGACAAGGCUGUGGACAUGGUACAAAAGGGACACCAAGUAAUGGUGUUCGUCCACGCUCGGAACGCCACACACCAAACUGCGAUGAUCCUGAAAGAAAUAGCUCAAAAGAAAGGCCACCUCAAGCACUUUGAACCGGAGGAUUCUGGAGCAUUUUUGAAAGCAAAAAAAUCUAUUGGCAGUAGCCCUAAUAAACAGCUAGCUGAGCUGUUUGCUUUUGGAUUUUCGUGUCAUCAUGCGGGUAUGCUGAGGAGUGAUAGGAAUAUGGUAGAAAAAUAUUUUGCGGAAGGCUUUAUAAAAGUUCUGGUCUGUACAUCAACUCUUGCUUGGGGUGUGAACUUGCCCGCUCAUGCUGUCGUUAUAAGGGGUACUGAAAUCUACGACCAAAGCCACGGGACAUUUGUAGACUUGAGUAUUCUGGAUGUUCUACAAAUCUUUGGUCGCGCUGGCCGACCGCAGUUUGAUACAUCUGGUACCGGCAUUAUUAUCACCACACACGAUAAGCUUACGCAUUAUUUGAAGUCUAUGACCAAUCAGUUCCCUAUUGAGAGCAACUUUAUUAACCUGUUGGCUGAUAAUUUGAACGCUGAGGUCGCCCUUGGCACCGUGACAAACAUUGACGAGGCAGUUGAAUGGUUAAGUUACACAUAUUUGUUUGUAAGAAUGAGGAUUAAUCCACAGGUGUACGGUUUAACAUACAAUGACGUACAAGAAGAGCCAAUGCUGGAAACUAAACGUCGGGAACUGAUCACGGCCGCCGCCAUGCAACUGGAUAAAACUCACAUGAUACGGUACAACGAACGCACUGGAGAUCUUAAUAUAACUGAUUUGGGUCGCACCGCCAGCCACUACUACAUAACGUGUGAGACGAUGGAGGUGUUCAACUCUAUGGUGCGCAAGUCGAUGACACAGGGCUACGUCCUCGAGAUGCUCACUAGGUGUUCUGACUUCCAGCAGCUAAAAGUCCGUAAAGAAGAACUAACAGAGUUAUGGCAGCUUAAAGACCACUACUGUGAGCUGCGCAUAGAAGAUGCACCUGAGGAUAUACAUUGGAAGAUCAACAUUUUACUACAGACUUAUUUGGCUAGGGGACGCAUCAAUGGGUCCUCGCUACAGUCUGACCUUAAUUAUAUCAGCCAGAAUGCAGUUCGAAUAAUUCGUGCACUGUUCGAAAUAACUCUCCGCAAGAACAACGCAUAUAUGGCCGGAUUAUAUCUCAAAAUGGCUAAGAUGUUAGAGCUUCAACAGUGGGACUUCUACAGUGACAUGAGACAAUUCAACUGCUUCACUAUAGAGACGUUAAAACAUAUUGAGUACCCGAUGCUGAAGCCUGAUCAGAUUAGGGACAUGGAUUGGAAGGAGCUAGGUGACCUAAUCCGCAACCCUAAAAACGCUCGCCACUUAAAGAAAUGCGCCGAUGAGUUUCCACUGCUGGAAAUGGAAGCUAGUCUACAUCCUAUCACAAGGACUGUUUUGAGGAUACGACUGACUAUUACCCCUAGCUUUAAAUGGAAUGACAAAUACCACGGGAAAGCACCAGAAGCGUUCUGGAUAUGGGUGGAAGACCCAGAGACUGACAUAAUGUACUAUCACGAAUACUUUCUCAUCACUAAGAAACAGGUAAUAACGAACGAACCGCAAGAGCUUGUCAUCACUAUCCCAAUCAGUGAACCAUUGCCCCCUCAAUACUACAUAAGAGCAACAUCAGAAAGGUGGCUCGGGUCAGAAAGUGUGCUACCUCUAACAUUCCAACAUUUAAUUUUACCAGAAACGCAUCCACCUCACACAGAUCUUCUGGAACUUCAACCACUUCCCGUGACAGCUCUAAACGAUCCCUCAUACGAAAUGCUGUACAACUUUAGCCACUUCAAUCCGAUACAGACUCAGAUCUUCCACUGUCUGUACCACACUGACAACAAUGUACUGCUGGGAGCUCCCACCGGCUCCGGUAAAACUAUCGUAGCUGAGGUCGCUAUGUUCAGAGUGUUCAAUCAAUAUCCAGGAUGCAAGGUGGUUUACAUUGCUCCCUUAAAAGCGCUUGUAAAGGAACGAAUAAAAGACUGGAAGAUAAGACUCGAAGAAAGACUAGGAAAGAAAGUUGUGGAAUUGACAGGUGACGUUAGCCCCGACAUACGGGCGAUCAAGAACUCCCACGUGAUCGUAACGACUCCAGAGAAGUGGGACGGCAUCAGUCGUUCGUGGCAGACGAGGAACUACGUGCGCGACGUGGCCCUUAUCGUUAUUGACGAGAUACACCUGCUGGGGGAGGACAGGGGGCCCGUGUUGGAGGUCAUCGUGUCCAGAACAAACUUCAUUGAGUCUCACACAUCACGAAGAUUACGUAUCAUCGGCUUGUCGACGGCUCUUGCAAAUGCUAAGGACUUGGCCAACUGGUUAAAUAUAGGAGAUAUGGGACUGUAUAACUUCAGGCCAUCAGUAAGGCCUGUGCCUUUAGAGGUGCAUAUAUCAGGUCAUCCAGGCCGCCACUACUGUCCCCGCAUGAUGACUAUGAACAAGCCAACGUUCCAAGCGAUAAGAACUCACUCGCCCUGCGCACCAACACUCGUGUUCGUCUCCAGUAGACGACAGACUAGAUUAACAGCAUUAGACCUAAUCGCGUACCUCGCAGCUGAAGAGAACCCUAAACAAUGGCUGCACAUGCAAGAGUCAGAGAUGGAACAAAUCCUAGCUAACAUCCGGGAAUCUAAUCUAAAACUGACCCUCGCAUUCGGCAUCGGAAUACAUCACGCAGGUUUACAUGAAAGAGAUAGAACGACUGUUGAAGAAUUGUUUAUUAACCAAAAAAUACAGGUCCUCAUUUGUACUGCGACACUAGCCUGGGGAGUUAAUUUCCCAGCCCAUUUGGUUGUUAUCAAGGGUACGGAGUAUUACGAUGGUAAACAGAAGCGCUACGUCGACAUGCCCAUUACUGAUGUACUGCAGAUGAUGGGCAGAGCCGGCAGACCACAGUAUGACAACGAAGGUGUGGCCGUGGUGUUGGUGCACGAUCAAAAGAAGAACUUCUACAAGAAGUUCUUGUACGAACCUUUCCCAGUGGAGUCGAGCUUGUUGAACGUGCUGCCUGACCAUUUGAACGCUGAGAUUGUCGCUGGUACUGUUAACACAAAACAAGACAUCUUAGACUACAUGACCUGGACGUACUUCUUCCGCCGGCUACUGAAGAACCCUUCGUACUAUAACCUGGAGAGCAUCGAACCACAAGAUGUAAACUAUUACCUUUCAAACUUGGUCCAGACGUCGAUAGAUGUGCUUGCUAACGCCAAUUGUAUUGAGAUCGAAGAGGACCAGCGCACAGUCCAUUGCACCUGGAUGGGCCGAAUCGCGUCCUACUACUACCUGUCGUAUAAGACUAUGGCGCAUUUCAACCACAAUUUACGAAGCAACAUGGACGUGGAUGAAUUGCUGCGAGUGUUGGCAGACAGCGAGGAGUACGCCACGCUGCCUGUCCGACACAACGAAGAUUUACUGAACGGUGAACUAUCGCAACAAUGUCGUCUGCCUGUUGAUGCUCUAAGCCUCGACUCGUCCAAUGUGAAAGCGUUCUUAUUGCUGCAAGCGCACAUGACAAGAGUGCCACUGCCCAACACGGACUACCUCACCGACACCAAGUCGGUACUCGACCAGACUAUUAGGAUUAUUCAGGCAAUGAUAGACACUUCAGCGGAAAACGGAUGGCUGUCCGUGUGUUUAUCCUGUCAGAUCCUCAUGCAGUGCAUAGUCCAAGCCCGGUGGCCUUCCGAGUCGCCCCUCACGACAUUACCGCACGUCGACUCGCAACACCUCUACAUGUUCUCGCAUAUGACGAAGGAGCUCAACAAACCCUGCACCAUGUUGAACGGACUGAAGGUCGUUUGUAUGAGGAAUUAUGAGCUCCUCGCCAAAUACAUGAGGCGGGAAUUUGAAGAGAACCAGAUUGAACAAAUACAUAAGGCUAUCUGCGACUUACCGACUCUGGACAUCAAAUUACACGUGAGAGGACAAUGGUUCGACAGCGAUCAUGAACAGGACAAACUUGUUCAACAACCACCUCCUAAGGACCAAUGGAUGCCGAUGCAUGCUAAUCAGGAAUACACGCUGCUGCUAGAAUUACGCCGUCGCGGCGGUAACCCAAGCAACGUGCUCUGUCCUCGCUUCCCUCGCGUCAAGAACGAAAACUGGUUCGUCACGCUGGGGAACAUUGACGUUGGAGAGUUGCACGCGCUGAAGCGAGUACCGCCCAGGGGAACGGCACAGAUCACAUUCUAUACACCAUGUACCAGAGGCCGCGUAAUCUACACAGUGUAUAUAAUGAGCGAUAGCUACAUGGGCCUGGACCAGCAAUACGACCUACAGUUGGAGAUCAUUGACCCAUUACCACAAGAAAACGUUGAUAGACAGUAUGAUAACAUCGAUAAGACUAUUUAUGAGUGA